GUCCAACAAUUUUUUUGUCCUCGUUUUCCUAGUAGAGAGAAAUCUAUAGCUUUGUUCCAGAGAUCGAAAACUCUGUGGAAAACCCAGAUUUGGCUCUCAUUUUCAGUUCCAACCUAAACCCUAGAAAAUUUGGGGAUUUUUCGUAAUUGAUAGUAGAAUUAAUCUUCAAAUUUGAUCAAUGGAGCCUACUGUUGAUCCAGCUGGAGAACCAAUCGCAACAUCAGCAGUGUUAAUGGCAUCAUCAAAACACAUCGCUACUUUUUGCAGAGCUGAAAACAUGGCAUUUCUUAAUUGUAAGAAGAAAGAUCAGAAUCCUGAGAAAUGUCUUGAGAAGGGACGUGAAGUUACUAGUUGCGUUCUCAAUCUGUUAAAGCAUCUUCACCAGACAUGUACAAAGGAGAUGGAUGCUUAUGCGGGAUGCAUGUACUAUAACACCAAUGAGUUUGAUUUAUGCCGCAAAGAGCAGGAGGCAUUUGAGAAAGCUUGCCCAUGGAACAAAUAGUCUUUGUCGCUUUUGUAACUUGAGUGGAAUAAUAUUGAGAACAACCUACAUGGAGAAAACAUGAUUUACCCAUCUCACUCCAUCUUUUGAAAAAUUGAUUCUUCGUAUUUGAAUGGGUUUUAUUUUUGUAGAAAUCAGAGUUGCCAGGAAUUGAUCCUUCACUGACAGGCAACAAUCCUGCCUCCUAAAACCAGCUCUCUUGAUAAAUGCUGUAGCAGCUAUUGUUGUUGACAAUGUUUAUGUUUCUGUACUCUUUUAGUCUGCUGCAAUCUGCAGCAAAUAUGCAGCAUUGUGGUGUUGUUAUUUCCAAUGAUUACACAAUUUUAAUUUCUCU